GUUCUGGGCCGGGUCUUCGGAGGGCGGAGACUAGCCUGCCAGGGCAGGAAGAGGGAGAGGGCUGGGAGGGUACCAGAUGCGGGUCAGACCUCGAGUGCCUAGAAUCCCUAGGUUGCCCUGACAGUCCACGGGGUCACGAUGCAGCCGGGACUCUGGGCGACCUCCAGGUGAGGCAGAGGCGACGCCGCGGCGCGACUGAGUACGUGCGGGUCGGCCAGCGAGGAUGCUGCCUGCACCUGCGAGCAUCCUGAGCGGCCACCACUGCAGCAGCCGCAGUCACAGAGCGACCCGAGAAAGCAGCGCCAGCGGCUAGUAAAUCUUUUCCUGUAGGGCACUGGCGGAGGAAAACAAGAACUUGCCGAAUUCUUGGAUUGGUUCGAUUAUUCAGUUGUUUAGAUGGAAUUUGUUCCCUAAAAUGCCUUGGGUGUGUAAUCUAAAUAAUUGGAGGAGAUGGAUCCGACCCCUGCUGGUACUCAUUUAUGCUAUGGCUGUCUUGGUCUUGGUUCCGAUAGGCAUUUGGGAAUUUCAAAAACGGAAGGUUGGAAUACACACAAAAGCUUGGUUUGUAGCUGGAAUAUUUCUUCUGCUAACCAUACCAGUGUCAAUAUGGGGGAUCCUUCAACAUCUGGUGCAUUACACUCAACCUGAACUUCAAAAGCCCAUAAUAAGGAUCCUAUGGAUGGUCCCAAUAUACAGUAUGGAUAGUUGGGUGGCUUUGAAAUAUCCCCAAAUUACACUAUAUGUGGAUACCUGGAGGGAAUGUUACGAAGCUUAUGUCAUCUAUAACUUAUUCCUUACCACGUAUCUGACAAUCCGAUUCCCAAACUUGGUGCUACACCUCGAAGCUAAAGAUCAGCAAAACCACCUCCCUCCAUUAUGCUGCUGUCCACUGUGGGCGGUGGGAGAAAUGCUGCUCUUCAGGUGCAAGCUGGGAGUGCUGCAGUACACCGUGGUCAGGUCCAUCACCACCGUCAUCGCGGUUGUAUGUGAAAUCCUUGGCGUAUAUGAUGAGGGAAAAUUUGGUUUCAACAAUGCUUGGACAUACUGCCUUAAAUUUCAUUUCCCUUCCCUGGUUAUAUUAAAUAAUUUGACACAAUUGUUUGCCAUGUACUGCCUACUGCUGUUUUACAAAUUCCUAAAGGAAGAGCUUAGCCCUAUACAACCUGUUGGCAAGUUUCUCUGUGUGAAACUCGUCUUUGUUUCCUUUUGGCAAGCAGUAAUUAUUGCUUUGUUGGUCAAAGUGGGGAUUAUUUCAGAAAAGCGUACCUGGGAAUGGCAAAGUGCAGACGCUGUGGCCACAGGUCUGCAGGAUUUCAUAAUCUGCAUCUAAAUGUUCUUUGAGGCAAUUGCCCAUCACUAUUCAUUCUCCUAUAAAACCUAUGUGCAUGAAGUGGAGGAAGGCUCCUGCUUUGAUUCCUUCCUUGCUACGUGGGAUGUGUCCGAUAUCAGAGAUAAUAUUUCUGAACAAGUUUCGAAAUGUUUUCCUGGAGACCCGGAUCAUAAUGAACACUCAAACUUACUUUCCUCCUCUUCACAAGAUAUGACUUCUGGCUCUUCAAAGNUACCCUCUCCAGUGGGCCUGUACCAAGGUUUUGGAUACACCAUUACUUCACAGAGCCCAAUUUCAAUAGCCAACCUAUAUGAAGAAAUCUUGAAUGCCAUCCCAGAAGAGCAACAGAAGCUUCUCAAUUCAGAAGAAUAA